AUGACUUCCUGUGAUAAGGAAAUUUUAAUUCAAAAAACAUGUCGGAGAGAUUUUGUGUCGGUCGAAGAAGACGCAGACGGCUUAGAACCUCGAAUGUUGGAAGCGAGGUUCGAAGGAACCGUUCAGUUAGAUAAGUGGUGUGCAUGUAGCUUGUGUCGUACUCAACUGCUGACAGAUGCCAUUGAAUACCGUUGUUGUCAAGAGGUUGGGCCUACUUUACAUAAACUGGUAUUCGAUGGUAGCAUUGAAAAAAUUAGCUGUGUUACUCUUCACGAAGAGUACACGAUUAUGACACAUGCUACAGUCUUGAAGAAUGUUGGCUCACUUCUAAGAGACCAAGAUGGAAGGUCAUACAAGCGUCGUAGAAUACAUGAAAAUGAAUACUUGAGAGCAGUUGCAUACCGUUGGGUCAUUCGAUGGCUAUGUGGAUGCCUUGGUUGGGAAAAUUCUAGACCAUUACCUGCAUGUAUCUACACAGACAUCCGAAAACGAUUUCCAUUACGAAAUCCCCUAGGCCAAGAACAUGCUGGCUACAAGUCAGCACAGGAAAGAAACUGAUAGAAAAUGCACUGGCCAUACCUAUUAUACAUGGUAGCAUGAACAACUUACAUGUGGGAAACAAUGGUGUUGAAGAUAGUUGUUUCCUAUCCAAAUGCCGUUGGAUUGCCUCAGUUUUGGAAAUUCGAUCCAAGAACGUUUUGUUUAAGGCUUCUGGGACUUUUUCCUUAUACUUCUUAAAUAUGUUGUCCAUGGAUUCCUCACAACUAAGAACCAUGACAUUUUUGAUUUCAUUAACAUAGUCUGGAAAAAUGACAAGUGGUUAGAUGUGUAAGUCAAGAGUACCAAUGCAUACAUGCUAAACUUACAAUAUGAUGGUGCUGAAGAAACAGUUCUUACUACUUCAUCCCCUGAUUUAAAUUUUGGGAACAAGUAAAAAAGCCUUGGCAGAUAGAGAACAGUGAUUACAAGUUACCUGCAAUAUGUACCAAGCCAAGAAAAGUGGGUCAUCUUUGGAUGCCAACCAUUUAAUGUUGAAUGAAAACCUUCGAAUCUAACAAAUCUUCCUAACAAAUUCUGUCCAUUUACUCAGCCUCUCCUUGUCAUUCAUGGGAAACGAUGUACUGAGGCACCCUCUGUGUGUUGACUGUUUGUACAACUUUUUCCGUUGGGCCAACCAGCAACACAAUAUUGUCCUCCUCGACGAUUUUUUGCAGAAUUUUGCCUACUCGCCAUAUUUUAACUUGCGGUGUAUCGUUACGUUUGACUAACUUAAUAAAAAAUAUUCUCCUUA